AUGGGGGCCCAGCAGGGAGGGGGGGACUCCUCUUCGGGUCCUGACCUCUUGAGCUCUCUCAAGCCGUGCGCCUUGCCAAAGGAUAUGCCACUGCCAGUGAGCAGCAGAAAGGCAGCAGCAGCAGCUGCUGCGGAGAACAAUGAUGAUGAUGACACCGGGGGCUUCGACUGGAAGGGCCUCGCGCGGCCUUCGCAGAAGCAGCGGAGGCAGCAGCCACAAAGGAAUGCCUCAGACGCUGUUGCUGCAGCCUCUCAGCGUAUAGCUGUCAUCACGGGGACUGAAGGAUCCCAUGGCGGAGCAGCAGCAACAGCAGCAGCAGCAGCACAACAGCAACACUCCAGUCAUGCGCCUGAGCCCGAGCGCCCAGGUCCGCAAGACGGAACAGACGCCUUAGGACGUAGGGUGUGGGAUAAGGAAUACUACGAGGAGAAGGCGAAGGAGAAGGCCUCGUUGCUGGGCGUUGAUUCUUUUCUUGACUUGCUGCCAAAGCCGCGAGAGAAACCCAAGCCGCCCCCGUUGCCGCCGUGCGGCUACAGGCAACUGCUGCAGCGGCGCACGUUUAAACUCGACUUUGAAAGAGAAGUUGGACGCACCAAGAUUGUCACGCUCCAGACACCCAGGAUGCAGCAGGGAGGGUUCUGGUGCGACAUAUGCGAGUGCUUGUGCAAGGACUCGCAGGCCUAUUUGGAUCAUAUUAACGGGCGUAACCACAACCGUCUGCUUGGAAUGAGUAUGCGCGUAGAGCGGGUGCCCUUGGCACAGGUUAAGGCUAAAUUGCAGGCAGCGCGGCAGAUUGUCGGGGUUGGGGGGGAGUCGCUAAACCCAAAGACGAAGGCGGAAGCGCCUGUGAAGCAGCAGCCGCAGCAAAGCCAGGGAGGGGGCUCAGGGGCCCUGGUGGGCGGCGCUGGCGCCGAAGGGGAGGCCCCAGAGGCAGAAGAUGAAUUUGAAAGAGUCAAAAGACGUUUAGAGGAACUCCAAAGGGAGCAAGAGCUGAAAAAGCAGCGUAAGAAGGCAAAGAAGAAAGCUGCUGCUGCUGGGGGAGGCGGAACAACUAAAGCAGCAACAACAGGAGCAGCAGCAGGCAGCGGAGGAUUGGAAGCCAAUCCUGAUGCUGCUGCUCUCGCAGCCAUGGGGCUGCCGACUUCCUUUACUGGGUGCUGA